AUGAAACUCGCCACAGUUUUCAAUGUUCGUGGAUCUCAAGUCCAUGUUCGCCCACCCUUGUCUUCCUCUCGUGUCCGAGUCUCUUCGUUUCCUCGUACCCUAACGUUUUCUUCCACAACGAAACAUGCAAACCCGUUGUCGGUCUCGAGGGCUUUGAGUUUCGAUAUUCAAGAAGGAACUCGCCGUCCAUUUUUGGAGCUCCCGCCGUCUUCAUGGGGCAAUCACUUUCUCUCUGCUUCGGUGAAUGAAUCGGAAGUGGAAGCUCUUGCAAAACAGAUUGAUCAGCUUAAGGCCAAAGUGGGGGGCAUGCUCAUGUCUCCUACAGGUGAAACUAAAGAGAAGAUUUGCUUGAUCUAUCAGUUGAUAAGCCUCGGUCUUUCGUAUCAUUUUGAAAAUGAGAUUGAAGAGAUCCUAAAGGAUGCGUUUGGGGAGAUCGAGGAGAUGACGGCGGAUGAGGACGAUUUGUACACAAUCUCUGUCAUGUUUUGGGUUUUCAGAACAUACCGUCAUCACAUGUCUUCUGAUGUGUUUGAGAGAUUCAAAGGGGAUGAUGGCAAGUUUAAGAAAUGUCUGGUUAACGAUGCCAAGGGCAUGCUAAGCCUAUACGAAGCUGCUCAUUUGGGAACGACAACGGAAGAUAUAUUGGACGAGGCAGUAGAUUUUACAUUGGAUCACUUGGAGGGCUUAGCAAAAGGGGCAAGCCCCCAUCUAUCAAGGCUCAUACAAAAUGCCUUGUUCCUGCCUCAUCAUCAAAACAUCCCGAUUCUAUUUUCAAGGGAAUUCAUUUCGUUCUACGCAAAAGAAAAAGAUCACAACGAGACGUUACUCAAGUUCGCCAAGGUCAAUUUCAAUUACUUGCAGCUACUUUACAAGCAAGAAUUAAAAACACUCGCAAAAUGGUGGAAGGACCUGGACCUUAGAUCGAAGCUGCCACAUUACUUCAGAGACAGAAUCGUUGAGUGCUAUAUCUUCGGUAUAGGGGUAUUUUUCGAGGCACAGUGUUCGCAAGGGAGAGCCGCAGUGGCUAAGUUCAUCAAGCUCUUCACCAUUCUCGAUGAUACUUAUGAUAGAUAUGCUUCUCUUGAUGAGGCCAUAAGUCUCGGCGAUUGUGUGGAAAGGUGGGAUCCUGAAGCGAUGGACAACCUACCUCCUUAUUUGAAGAUCGUCUUCAGAUUAACGUUGGACAUUUUCGGAGAGUACGAAAGAGAAGCGAGGCUGGAAGGAAGAUCUUAUAGUAUUCAUGAGAUGAUAGAAGAGUUCAAGAGAUUCAUCAGAGCGAACGUGGCAUUCAGAAAGUGGGAAGAUUCGGGUGAGUUGCCGAGCUUUGACGAGUAUAUGGAGGUCGGAGAUGUUGAGGUUGGGAUAUACAUAACCACAGCAAGCAGCUUUAUCGGAAUGGGAAACAUGGCCGAGAAAGAAGCUUACGAGUGGCUUAAAUCCAGACCGAAGCUAAUCGAUGCUGCGUCCACAAAGACACGACUGAUGAAUGACAUGACUGGCUUCAAGGAUGACAUGGGAAGAGGGUAUGAGGCGACAGGGAUAAACUUGUACAUGAAGCAACAUGGAGCGACAGAGGAAGAAGCCUUUAGAGAGUUUCGAAAAAGGAUUAGGGUUUCGGAUAAGAUAAUGGUGGAGGAGUUCUUGAAGACAAAGGAUGUCUUGCCUCGGCAAAUCGUGAUGAGACUUAUCAACGCUGACCGGAUGAGUGCUGUCACCUACCGGAUGGGAGAAGGAUACACCCAUCCUGAAGACAAUUUCAAGCACUAUAUCACCUCUCUCCUCGAUGACCCCAUUCCUCUCUGA